UGUUGAUCUCAGAUUCAGGACGCAUCGCAGACAUUCGGCAACAACUCCAAUGCCCCAAACUUGAAAACAAACCACUGUCAGGUUCAAACACCGACCUUUACGACAGGAAGAGGAACAGUAAACGGAAAAAUGCCGAAAUCUAGCAAGCGCGACAGGUUCGCCGAGCUGCGCGCUCUGCGGCAAUCGGGCAAGAAGGUCUUCGACACGUACGAGGUUGAGGAGGCUGCAGAUCUGUACGAAGAAGUCGACGAAAAUCAGUACAAGAAGAUCGUCCGAGACCGUCUCAACCAAGAUGACUUUGUCGUCGACGACAACGGCGAAGGGUAUGCCGACGACGGACGCGAGGAAUGGGACCGGGUACGGGCGUACGAGUCGGAGAGCGACAAUGCUAUGCCAGUCGCCGGGAAGGACCGCAAGUCCAAGAAGCAACAACGUGAGGAGGAGAAGGCAAAACGGGACGCCAAUGACCGGGACAUCUCCGAGUACUUUACAAAGGGUGCCACCAAGGCACAGCCCAAGCCCAAAGUCGUCAAGACUGAAGAUGACGACAAAUUCCUGGCAGACCUCCUCGGCGAGGUCGAUGCGAACGUUCCGGUACCCCUACCGAGGAUUCCAAAGAAGAGAGACAGAUCGACCGAGAGGAGAAAAACCCGUCCCCUCUCCCCAGCACGAGAAGCCCGGCAGCCAGCUCCCAAGAAGACAAAGAUGCUUGACGGCAGCGCAUCCUCUCCCAUGGCUAGUGAUAUUGCCAUGGCCGACGACGACUUUGUGCCAGUCGUGGAAGACGAACCUGCCGCGCCUGUCGACGUGGCUAUGAGCGACCCGGCCCCCUCCUCGCCUGCAGCAAAGGUUGCUGAGCGGAGAACACAACCCAAGUCGGAAUUCGAUGUCGAUGAUGAUGAUGAUGAUGAUGAUGACGAUGUCAUGAUGGAAGUGGCUCACACCGGCGCGGUUGCUGCUGCCAGUGUCAACCUGUCGGCCUCACGGCAGAUCAAGAAGAUCGUCAAACCAGAGCCCUUACCAACACCAGUUAGCUCAUCCCCCGCCAGAGGUCCAGAGCCCCCCGUCGACGCGUCGGCAUGGAACGGCAUCAACGAGAAGCUCAACGUGGUGAACAGCUCGCAGCCCGAGACCCGAAGCAUGGGUAAGAUCGACUACAAGGACGCUAUUGAGGUGGACGGCAGCCUGAACAUGUUCUGGACCGACUACACCGAGGUCAACGGCUGUCUCUGUCUCUUCGGCAAGGUCCUGAACAAAAAGACCGGCCACUUCGUGAGCUGCUUUGUUAAGAUUGACAAUAUCCUGCGGAAGCUCUACUUCUUGCCCCGCAAGCACCGUGUGCAGCGCGGCGUGGAGACGACGGAGCAGGUCGAGAUGAUGGACGUCUACAACGAAGUCGACGCCAUCAUGACCAAGAUGAAUGUUGGUAUGCACAAGAUUAAGGCGUGCAACCGGAAAUAUGCAUUCGAGCUGCCCGAAAUCCCCAAGGAGGGCCAGUAUCUGAAGCUGCUCUACCCCUACACGAAACCCGUCAUCGAGCUCGGCACCACGGGCGAAACCUUCUCGCACGUGUUUGGCACCAACACCUCUCUGUUUGAGCAGUUUGUGCUCUGGAAGGGUAUCAAAGGACCGUGCUGGCUGAAGGUGGAGGAUGCCGACUUUGGCGCUUUGAAGAAUGCCUCGCACUGCCGGCUCGAAGUCCUUGUCGAGCAUCCCAACAUGGUUGCACCACUGGGCGAUGGCGAAGCCAUGGACGCCCCUCCGCUGACCCUCAUGAGUCUCGCCAUGCGUACUAUGUUCAAUCCGAAAGCCAACAAGCAGGAAAUUCUGGCCAUCAGCGCAAGAAUCUACGAGGAUGUCUCGCUCAGCGACACAACCCCUGCCGAUAAGCUGCCAUGUCGAACCUUCACCCUCGUCCGGCCCCAGGACACGGCCUUCCCUCUCGGUUUCGAGAAGAUGGCCAAGGAGAGGAGAAAGGGUUUGAUCAAGCUGAUGAAGCAGGAGUCGGAUAUCUUGUCCUUCUUCCUUGCCCAAGUCGAUCUCGUCGACCCAGAUGUCAUUCUCGGCCACCAGCUCGAGGGUGUUGACUACAGCAUUCUGCUCAACCGGCUUUACGAGAAGAAGACGCACCAGUGGUCUCGUCUUGGGAGAUUGAGGCGGUCCGCCUGGCCGUCGUCCAUUGGCAAGGUUGGCGGCAAUGUUUUCGCAGAGCGUCAGGUCAUGGCCGGGCGCCUGCUCUGCGAUCUUGCCAACGAUGCUGGCAAAUCUGUCAUGUUCAAAUGCCAGUCUUGGAGUUUGACCGAAAUGUGCAGCCUAUACCUCUCGGGUGAUAACCAUCGACGGGAUGUUGACAACGAGUUGGCCCUCAAGACCUGGGCUUCUUCCAAGGAGGGCCUGAUGGAUUACCUGUCCCACGCCGAGACAGACACCUACUUUAUCGCUGCCUUGGCUCUCAGGACCCAGAUCCUCCCGCUCACCAAGGUACUCACCAACUUGGCGGGCAACUCAUGGGCAAGAACUCUGACCGGUACACGUGCUGAGCGUAACGAAUACAUUCUGCUCCAUGAGUUCCACAAGAACAAGUACAUCUGCCCGGACAAGCAACCCUUCAAGGGACGGGCGCGUCCCGACGAGGAUAACCAAGAAGAAGACGGAGGCGAGACCAAAAAGAAAGACAAGUACAAGGGCGGUCUGGUUUUUGAGCCCGAAAAGGGCCUCUAUGACAAGUUCGUUCUGGUCAUGGACUUCAACUCGCUUUACCCGUCCAUCAUCCAGGAGUUCAACAUCUGCUUCACAACCGUUGAUCGGUCGUUUGUUUCGGAUGAUGAAGAUGCAGUGCCUCGAGUUCCCGAGGAGCAGGAUCCUGGCAUCCUUCCGCGCCUCAUUAAACAGUUGGUCGACCGCCGAAAGCAAGUGAAGAACCUGAUGAAGGACAAGGGCGCCACCCCGGAGCAGCUUGCGACCUGGGACAUCAAGCAACUUGCCUUAAAGCUUACCGCGAACUCCAUGUACGGCUGUCUUGGAUACACCAAAUCGCGUUUCUACGCCAGGCCUCUGGCCAUGCUCACCACCUUCAAGGGGCGUGAGAUCCUUCGCAGCACCAAAGACCUCGCCGAGAGCAUGUCACUGCAGGUUGUCUAUGGUGACACUGAUUCCGUCAUGAUCAACGCGAAUGUAGAUAACGUAGCCGACGCGCUGAAGGUCGGCCGCGAGUUCAAAAUCGAGGUCAACAAGCGGUACAGGCGGCUUGAGAUCGACAUUGACAAUGUCUUCCGCCGCAUCCUCCUCCAGGCGAAGAAGAAGUACGCGGCCGUCAACCUGGUCGAAGUCAACGGCAAGUGGGUCGAGAAGAUGGAGGUCAAGGGUCUCGACAUGAAGCGCCGCGAGUACUGCCCCCUCUCGCGCGAGGUCUCCAAACGCAUCCUGGACGAGAUCCUCUCGGGCAAUGACACGGAACAGUCUAUCCAGCGUAUCCACGAGUACCUGCGCGAGAUAUCGACCAAGAUGCGCGAGCAGGCCAUCCACCCCCAAAAAUACAUCAUCCUCACCCAGCUCGGCAAAUCUCCCAAGGAGUACCCCAACGCCGACAGCAUGCCCCAAGUCCAAGUCGCCCUCCGCGAAAUGGCGCGCGGCAAGACGAUGCGCAAAGGCGACGUCGUCUCGUACAUCAUCACGGGCGACAGCAAAACCACCUCGGAGCCUGCCGCCAAGCGCGCCUACAGCCCGCAGGACGUGCUCAAGUCCGACUCGGGCCUGACCCCGGACGUGGAAUGGUACAUCGGCAAGCAGAUCUUCCCGCCCGUCGAGCGCCUCUGCGCAAACAUCGUCGGCACCUCGACCGCCCAGCUCGCCGACAAUUUGGGCCUCGACGUCCGCCGCUAUGCAAACCACUCCUCCUCCAACUCGUCCUCUUCAAGCAGCAGCCGCGACCUCGACAUCCACCCUCUGGAAUCCCAAAUUCCAGACGCGAUCCGCUUCCAGUCCUGCACUCGCCUGUCCCUCCGCUGCCGCGCUUGCAAGACCUUCGCCCCCUUCGAAGGCCUACUCGGCUCGGCAGACCGCGUCACCCCCCGGGGCGUGUCCUGCGCCAACCCGGCCUGCGGCGCCGUCCUCCCCACGCUGUCCAUCGUCGCGCAGGUCGAGACGGCCGUACGCGCUGCCGCGGCGCGGUACUACGAGGGCUGGCUAGUCUGCGACGACGCGAGCUGCGGCAACCGCACCCGUCAGAUGAGCGUGUCCAUGCGGGGUUCCGGCGGGCGGUGUCUGGGGCCUAAGGGUUUGGGGCAGGGCUGUCAAGGCAAGAUGAGGUACGAGAUGGGGGAGAGGGAUGUGUAUAACCAGCUGGUGUACUUUGCCGGGUUGUGGGAUGUUGAAAAAGCCAAGGCUAGUGCGCUGGCUGGCGAUGUUGCCCCUGCUGGAGACGGGGAGGGCGUCCCUGCGGGGGAGAUUAGGGAUAAGGUACUUGCGUUGGUGGAACAUAACAGGGUCAGGUUUGGGACGGUCAAGGGCGUGGUAGAUAAGUACUUGGAGAAGUGUGGCCGGCAGUGGGUGGCGAUGGAUACGCUUUUCUCGAAGCUUGGGUUCAUCGCUUCUUGACUGGGGACAUAAUGGGUUGGAGCCUGGGUGUGAAGGCAUGAUGCUCUGUUGCGGUUUUGCUUACUUCCGUUGUUGGCUUUACGUGGGCUGUUGGUGUUAGGAUGGCUUUCUCGUGGACUUUUAUGUAUGAAGAGCGAAAUAUCAAGGACAAAGAGCUUCACACAUCAAAAUUCACAAAUACUUACUCGCG